AUGGCUGAGGCUCUGCUGGGCCUGGCGCCUUCGUAUGGCGACGCGCACAGCGGCAAGCCGCCGAUUGCGCAUCCCGAUGACCUUCCGCGCCUGCUCCGCCGCGACCUCGAAACAAAGAAAACACCCACACGAUGCGAACACAUCUCCAUCACACUCGAAGUACCGUCGACUGUUGAAUUUGCCAUUCAAGCAAGCGACGGCGAUGCGCAAGAAAUCGUUGACCCCGCCUUGGAUGGUGUUCAAGCACACGCCGUCGGGGGCCAGCCUGUGAAGAUCGUGCGCGCCUACGACACCAUUAUCAACCAACCCCACGACAAUCCAGCAUUUCAGCGAGCCGUGGCGAAACAUAUCGCGGGAAUCUUGUCGGUUGCAGACGAGAGCACAUGGGUGGUUCGAGAGGUCUCGCGUGGCCAGUACGGCUGGUCCUUCACCUACAUCUGCAAGGACUCCGUGGCCAUGUGGAACAGGCAGAACGGGAAGACGGUCGCCAAGCCUAUCAUCGGAGACUUCAGCCAGAAGGAUCUGGAACCCGACGUCUCAGGCCGGCCGGCGUUCGACUGCCGCGGCGUUCUCACCAUCGCCUUUUCCAAGAACUCGCGAACCAUCAGUGUCAAGUACGAACAUACGCCCUUCCAUAAGACCGUCGGUGAGAUGAUUGAGCAUUUCCGGCCGCUACCCCCUGCAGCACCGCCAGUUCACCUGAUUCCUGCUGGCGACAGGCCGAAGAAGGCCAAGACGCCAAGAAAGAGAAAGAGCGAGGCGAAUGCGGACGGGACGCCCAGUGUGCCAAAAAGGAAGAAGAGGAAGAGUGAGGCGAAUGAAGACGGAACACCUGGUCAGCCAAGGAAGAAGAGAAAAGAAAACCCAGAUGCAGGCGCUGGAGGUGCGCAGGAAGAGGCUGUCGGCGACGGCCAAACGACAACCACCGCCCCGACCAAGGCGGAUGCUGCUGUGCAAAUCGGCGUUCAUGAACAUGCAGUCCUCAACGUCCCCCCGGCCGAAGCAGCUCGACGUCGUGAGGUUGCCAUUAGACUCCUCAGUGGCAGCGGCGUAGAUCCAGAAAGCCUUUCUGCGGAGCAAUUCAGUAUCUUCGCCAACCAAUCCCCGGAUCUUCAGAAGGAGUCUCUUGCCAUGCUGGUCAAGUAUGGUGCCGAGAGACUCCGAAUUGUGCAUCCCAGUGAUGCCGCUGCGUCGUCGUCAACAACCGCGUCCCCCGCCCCCCAGCAGGCCACAACAGCUGAGUCGGAAGCCGACGAUUCAGAGGUCACAUCGGAAACCCCCGCUCCCGCAAAGAAGAAGCGGCGGCCGCGGAAGUCUAGCCAGGUGGCUGGCGAUGCCGAGGAAGCAGAGUUGAUCCCCGCACCGGCGGGCACGCCAUUGAAGCAAGUCUCGAGAGGUUCCUGCAUUGCCUGCAGAAGGGCCAAGGCCAAGUGCGAUCGAGCCAAGCCUACUUGCUCUCCAUGUGGAGAACAAGAUGUCGAGUGCCAGUAUCCCCUUGUCAGAAAACAGGUGGCCAAGACGAAGGAAGACAGCCCCAAAACGCCGGUGGGCAAUGGCGAUGAUGACGAUGCCGAAGCAGAGCCGGAACCGGAGCACGAGCCCAUCCCGGAGCACGAGCCCAUCCCGGAGCACGAGCCCAUCCCGGAGCCUGCUGUGGAAACUGAAGAGCAGGAGCCUGACGACAUCGAAACCAUCGAUUACACGUCAAACAUGCCUGUUGCCAACAUGAUCACUCCUGCUGUCGAGCCUCCCAGUCAGGACUACUUCAACUUUGGUAAUAACGAGCUAGCAUUCACUCAAGAUUCUUCCAGUGAGAUGAGCAUGUCUCACGGCGCGUCCUCGUAUCCAGAACCUUCGGCUACCGUAACCUAUACAGAGCAACAGACGGCUACCACAAGUUAUGAGCAGACUUCUUCUUCCCUUACUGAGACGGCGACUUAUACUCAGCCAAGUGCGGACACAUCGGGCUACGUCCAGCCUACCAACACGGAAAAUGCUGGCUACUUGCACACUACUACUGACACCAGCAAUCUCAACUACGCUCAGCCUGCGGCUGAAAGCAAACGGUCGACAAGAGACCCCACAACACGGCGUAGCUUGCCAACCGAGCAGCCGCAGCAGUCUACCGCCGAAAACCCUGCCCAUCCUUCGAACUACACGCAGAAUUGGCAUGACUCGUCACCCUCCAAGGUGACAAACAUGCCGUCACCCACCACAAUAGCGCAGCAACACCUGUCGUGGAAGCAAGCUCAAGCACCUGCACCAGCUGCUGCCACGCAGCAAUCGGCUUCUCUUGGCAACCAUGGCCAAACCCAACAGACUGCAUCUUACGCCGCUAUGCAACAGCAGCAGCAGAAAUAUCAGCCUUCUCCCCCGCAGCAAGUGGCUCAAGUAGCUCAGGCGCCUAAGCCUGUUACCCCUGCGCAAGUCUCGCCAUUGCAGGCUCCGGGACAAGCAGCUCGGACUAAGAGUAGGGCUGGCCACCGAGCGUCAACUCACACGCCUGUCAAUGAGCAACGGCCCCCCUCUCCUCAGCAGAUUGUCCAGCCGUCCACUCAGGGGACUACGGAUACCAUCGGCACGAGACUCACGACGUAUCAGCCUUGCACGGCACAGACCACCUCUGCAAACACGACGACUUACCCGUCUUACGACUACGACAGGAGUAACAACACUACGUCACAAAGAACGACUCUGGCUUACACUCCCAGUAACAUUCCGCAAACUAGACAGUUGUACAGUACCCAACCACAAACUCGUAAUAAGCAGGCUUACGGUAGCAACGGUGCGAGUGCGUCAGCUGCUAGCUCCUACACCCAACCCUCGUCGACUGCACCGCAGCAGUCUUCCACGUUGCAGUCAUUCAACACCCGAACCCCGCCGACAGGCAGUCAAGCCAGGUCAUCCACCAGACCCAACAAUCAGCGACAACACCAGCAGCACCAACAGCAGCCGCAACAACAGGCACCCUACAGUUCGUACUCCUCCCAGACGCACCAGCAACCUCACCAGCCGGACCAGCACAACUGGUAUGGUUUCGGGUCGGGCAUUACUGGCUCGUUUUCGUCAGCCAAUGUUUCUGGAGGGUACGCAGCUCGCGGCAGCGCUACUACGAACUACGGCGCUGGCUCGAACGUGAGCAACCCUAACCAGGCAUACCAGCAACAGCAACAUCACAGCUCUGUCCUGAUACCAGGCCAUAACUAUGCCGAAGGCGACAACGACAUGUAUGAGCUGCUCAAGAGUUCUCUUCACGGCCCCGGGCGCUGA